UGCAGUCUUGAUAUCAACCUUAUAUCAAAUGAAAUAACAACAGAGUAAGACAAUGACAAUACCAACAUGUGUAUUACUGAUUACCACAAUUGUUUUCUUUUUCCUUAUAAUGUUUAAUCUAUUGAAAAAGAGAGAGGAAGGAAGAGAAAGAGGGAAGAGAAGAACAUUAGGAAUGAGGAGGAGAGAGACAUCUAGAGGUUGUAAGACACAUCAAAUUAGCAAAGAGGAGAUGACUUCACUUGCGAAAUGUUCAGUUUGCUAUGGACCAUUUUCACCGCUGAAGUGGUGGGGGCUGAGAUGUAAAGUGUGUAGUACUACAUGGCACGUGUACUGUUUCCAUUCAAAAGAUAAAAAACAAAAAAGACUUGGGAGGAAACUGACAGAGAUUCUGAUGAGGAACAAGAUCCAGAAUACAUUCCAGACUCCGAAUCAGAUACAGACGAUGACCCUACAAAUACAUCACUAUUUGUUGACCCUACAAGACCAGUCAACAGAUCAAAAAAAUCAGCAGAUAAAACUUCAGAAGAUAAAACUGUUGUUUCAACUGGAGGGCAAAAUUUUGCUUUGUUUUGCCAAAAGCCAGUUUUCAAAAUAGCACGACACUUCAGAACACACAUAAAGGAGGACAGUGACAUUGCAAAGGCUCUUAGUCUCCCUGUCAGGUCAAAAACAGAAAGGAAUUGCUUGAGAAGCUUAGGAAUAAGGGAAACUUCAUGCACAACAAUGAGGUUCUAAAGAAUGGAUCUGGUUCACUCAAAGUCAAACGAAAGGCUAAAGGUGACGUUAAAAACUAUGAGUACUGUAUCCACUGCAAGGGGAUGUUUUUACGGACCGAGUUGUGGAGACACAUGAAGAGGUGCUCCGACGAACAUGGGGACUCUGAACGUCAUGGCAGAAAGCGAGUAAUUGGCCUUGCUGCACUGGUAAAAUCUGCGUGCUCUAGCACUGAAGAUGGCGUGCUUAAAAUGUUAAGUCGCAUGCAUGACGACGAGAUUUCAGAUGUUGUUCGCAACGACUUUAGCCUGUUACGCUUUGCAGAGUCUCUUUAUAGUAAACAUGGUCAUGAUGCAUCAAAGCAUGACUAUAUACGUCAAAAAACCCGCCAACUUGGACGUUUCUUACAAUCUUUGCAAAGAAAGUCCUCAAUCCAAACUCUAGAGGAUGCUAUAAUACCAAGCAACUUUAUGAAGGUCAUUGAGGCGGUAAAGGAGACAGCAGGAUUUGACAAAGACAACAACAGUUACAAAAUUCCAAGCCUUGCCUUGAAAAUAGGACACUCUCUUUUAAAAGUGAGUGACAUUAUACGUUGUCAUGCUUUAAUGGCUGGAAACGAGGACCUCAUUAAAUCGUCAGAAGCAUUCCAGAAACUUUAUCAGGCCAAAUGGUCUGAGUACAUUUCACACUGUGCUCCGAGUACCAUUAGUGAUUUGAAGUACAAUAAACCAGAUAGUCUACCACUCACUGAAGACAUCCAAAAGCUUCACAAGCAUCUUGACAAAAGGGCAGAAUUGGCAAAUGCAGAACUAAAGAAGGAGGCAACGGUACAGAACUAUUCUAGUCUAGCAAAUACAACAUUGACCAAAAUUGUCCUCUUCAACAGAAGAUGCAUGGGAGAGGUGUCAAAGAUGAAACUCAGGAAUUUUCUUGAACGAGAUCACUCAAACACACAUGAAGGAAUGGGGCUGUCGGAAUACGAACAGAAGCUGUGUAACUAUUUUGAGCGUGUAGAACUUAAAGAGAAGAGAGGGAGAAAAGUUGCAGUUCUGCUAACUCCCGAAAUGUCAACUGCCCUCAAACUGAUGAUUGCAAAGAGAAAGGAAUGUGGUGUGCCAGAUGAAAAUCAAUACUUAUUCGCUGUACCACACUGCCUCACGUACUACUGAGGACAUCAAUGUCUCAGACGACUUGCAGUUGAAUGUGGUGCAAAAAAACCCGAUUAUUUACGGUCCACUCAUCUACGCAAAGAAAUCGCAACCACGUCCCAAAUUUUAAACUUAAAAGACAAUGAGCUAGAUCAGCUUGCUGACUUUUUAGGACAUGACAUAUCAGUUCAUAGACAAUUCUACCAACUGUCUGGGCCCACUAUAUAAAGUGGAAAAAAUUCAAAGUUGCUGCUUGCACUGGAAAGGGGAAAGCUACGUGAGCUGCACGGAAAAUCACUUGAUCAAAUUGGAGAUUUCACAGAGGAGGAGGAGGAGGAGGAUGACAGUGAAGAUGAGGAAACCAUUCCUGCUGAAAAUAUACUGCAGGAAGAUGCUCCUGCUGAAAUGAAUGAGCCUUUGAAAAGGAGGAAACUGUGCCCGAAGGACACAUCUGAUGGACCAAACACUGAAAGAAAUCUUUCUCUGAAAACAAUGUCUCUAGCAGAGGAAAACGGACAGCCAAAAGGCCAUGGAAAAAAUCUGAGGUGAAUGCUGUUAUGCGACACUUCAGACAACACAUAACUAAAGGUCGCUUGGCAUCGAUGAGAGAGUGUGAGGUCUGCAAAAAUUCAGAGAAUCCAGUCCUACAACACCGGACGGUCCAAAAUAUUAGAGACUUUGUCCGUAACCGAGUGGUAACCUUAAAACGCAUGGAGUUUUAUUAAUUACUAUUUAAAUUACUUUACAUUUUUAGAAGUAAAGUUUUGUUACUCCAGUCACAAGUGACAAUAUUCUGAAUGCAAUUUAAUGUAAAGUGCUGUCAAAAGAUUAAUCACAUUCCAAAAUACGUUUUUUACGUUUU